CUUCCCAACGUCUUCGCAGCUAACAACCUCCUCCGAUGCCUCGCCAAAGGUGAAAAACCUCAUCAAACUCUCGCCUUUUACAAAAAUAUGAGAAUCUCGGGCGUGCCCACCAACAAAUUCACUUUUCCUAUCCUCCUCCAUGCGUACACCAGAGACCCAUCUCGCUCGGAAGGCACUCAGAUUAUUGUACGAAUCAAGAAAGGUCUUUGAUGAGUUCCCUAAUAGCCGAGACGUGGUUUCCUGGAACGCAAUGUUAGUCGGAUAUGUAAGGAAUGAGCAGAUUGUUGUUGCGGAAGAGAUGUUCGAUCAAAUGCCUGAAAGAGAUGUGAUCUCAUGGAGCACCGUGAUCAUGGGUUAUGUUCAAAAUGGCGAUUUGGAGAAAGGGCUUGUUUUGUUCAGUGAAAUGGUCAGUAAUGGAAGUGUGUCUGUAAAUGAGGCUACUUUGGUCACCGUUCUUUCUGCUUCGGCGCAGUUGGGCUUGCUAGAGUAUGGAACUUUUGUCCAUUCAAUUAUAAAGAAUGUGAAAUUUACCAUUACAAUGGCUUUAGGGACUGCCCUUGUGGAUAUGUAUGCAAAGUGUGGUUGUUUAGAUCUCGCCAGAUAUGUGUUCGAUGAAUUGCCUAAAAGAGAUGUAUUUGCUUGGAAUGCUAUGAUUUGUGGUGUUGCUACUCAUGGGCAAGGGAAGGAAGCUCUUGAACUUUUUCAGAGAUCCAUUGAUGAAGGAUUUAACCCCACAGCAGUGACUUUUGUUGGCAUCCUGAAUGCGUGUAGCCGUGCUGGCUUAGUCAAUGAAGGUCGACAUUUCUUCAACUCAAUGGUGAGGGAUUAUGGCAUUGAGCCAGAGAUGGAGCAUUAUGGCUGUAUGGUUGAUCUUUUCGGUCGAGCAGGGCUUGUUCCUGAAGCUCUUCAAUUGAUUGAAGGUAUGAGCAUCAAACCAGACUGUGUGUUAUGGGCUACUCUUCUAGGAGCUUGCAAAACGCAUGGAUUUAUUGAAUUAGGAAUCAUUAUAGGUAAGAAACUAAUCAAAUUAGAACCUGGACAUGAUGGACACUAUGUUCUUUUAGCUGCCUUAUAUGCCAAGGCAAGGAAAUGGGAAGAUGUUAUUGAGGUUAGGAAGUUGAUGUCAAGUCAUUGCACAAGUAAAGUAGCAGGUUGGAGCUUAAUUGAAGGUAAUGGGAGGUUGCAUAAGUUUAUUGCAGGUGAUUUGGAUCACAAAGAGUCUUCUAAGAUCUACAAAAUGCUUGAAAUAAUUGGGAAGAAGCUGGUAGAAGCAGGUUACUUAUCAGAUGUCUCCUCAGUUUUACAUGAUAUUGAGGAUGAGGAGAAGAUUCAUGUAAUAAAUGUGCAUAGUGAAAGGUUGGCAAUUGCUUAUGGGUUGAUGAUAAUUGAUCAGGACCGUCCAAUUCGCAUUGUUAAGAAUCUCAGGGUAUGCGUUGAUUGCCAUGAAUUUAGUAAGAUGGUGUCAAAGGUGCUGGUUAGGGAGAUAAUUGUGAGGGAUGGCAGUAGAUUUCAUCAUUUUAGGGAUGGUUCUUGUUCUUGCCUUGAUUAUUGGUAGCCAAUGUGUGCUUCUAAAGAUGUUUAAAUUUCACAAAAUUGUGAUAUAGUUUUAAUCAUAUAUGUUAGAAUUUGUGAAGUCUAAUUGUUCGAUCAAUGUACAUCAUUAGUAUACAAGGCCGCAGUGUUGUAUACUUAAGUGUGGCAUUGUUGUAGUCUCAAGUUGGAGACAAAGAGCAGAGCAUCAUGGAGCUAUAGGCUAUAACACCACAACGCUGCAUGGUGGAUUCACGACAAAGAGUGGAGCACUACGUAACUCUAGACCCCAAGGCCGUGACACUGCAAGUCGGGCUAACCAAUUUUUCUUCCUCAUUCUUCUUAUUUCAAUUGAAGGUUUUUAUCAUUUAGAAUAUACUAGUGCGACUCAUUGUCUGUUCUGAGUAUAGAAAAGUGUGAUAAGAGAGAUCUAUACAAUUUUUUUUUUCAUAUUUAAUUUCUUGAUGUGA